CGGGAGCAAUUAAAUGUGUGAUGUCAGUCGGUUGGGAAAGACAGGCAUAGUUUGGUCAGUCAGAGGUUGGACUAGUGAAGGAUUUGCUGCUUUGUACAUCUGUAGAACGCCGUUUUCCCGCGGUUUUGUCACUUACCACGCGGAAUGUCGCGGUCGUCAAGGAGCAAUGAACAGGUUGUCAUGGUAACGACUGGUGUUAGAAUUCCCCACCGUGUCUGCCUUUAAGACGGCAGUGAUACGAAAAUAGUAAAUAAGGACUGUUGUAGGGAUACCGCGAGAGGUAUGCCAGAGUCUACGAGGAAGGACAUCACACCUGCUAGGGUACGGGCAGAGAGACAAUGAACUUCCUCUCUUCAGACACUUUAGUUGCAGAAUGGCCGUCUGUUGAUAACGGUCUCCGUAAACCGUCUUAGCCCAAGACCGCUUGACCGGGAACACAGCUCCCAGUGGAAGCAAUAGAGGCGCGACAAUCCUCACUUCGUUUGAACAUCUAACAGGCAUACCUAAUACCGUGAGCCUAUAGAUCGUUGAUGGCACUCCGUUAUGCAACCUGGCUCCUCGUUGAAACGACCUAGCACCGGGACAUGGCCGCAAACCCGGUAACAUGUGUGGCAGACUUCCAUAAGCGGAUUGGGAGCUAUCGUCUGCUUGUAUGUGUCAGCGUUGACCACACAGGUGGCUGUGUCCUGACAGGUUGACCAGCACAGCUCGCGUGUGUCCGGCAGCGCAGACUGACCAGUGUGGACAGCAGCAGACGACGGUAGCACAGGCUGGUCAGUAGCAGACGACAGGUCGAGAGAGAAGAGGGUGAGGUUGGGACUGGCACUAGGAUGCGUGAUGGUGGUGACACGGUGAAGCGGCUUCAAGGUAGCGCUCAACAUUUGUAGAUCGGAUACCUCGGUAGCUUAAUUACGUGAAGAGAAUCAGUGAUGUAGCUGGCGUGUGUGUGUCCUAUGAGUGGUGGCGGAGUAUUGGUGUGCGGGCGGGAACUGCCUUUCCUCCAUGCGCUUGCUUUUGGUGGAUCAACUUCUAGAUGCGAUCGUUGGAAUGUUCUGUUGUGGGAGACUGCAGGAGGAAGAGGAGUCGAUGGCACAGAGUCCUGACAGGUAUAAAUCACCACGAGAAAAAGGACUAGCCGAAGAAAAACGACAUGAGCGAUUGACGCAAGGUGGACCAGAGCCGGCGAGUAGCAGCCGACACAGCGGUGAAGACAACAAGACUUCACACGGAACCACUCACUCGCGGCAUGUAGGUACCGCCAGCACUGACGCAAGUAAGGGAGAUACUACACCAAAAACUACUGAUUCUAACCAUGGUGCUAAAUCCAAAACUUCCAAUGGAGCGUUUGAAAUGGGAAUAAAAAGUAUGGAGGUUCUUGACGAUUCUUUUGUGGUUCAGACAGUGGAGAUUAUAAAGAGACCUGGUCAGACACUAGGCUUCUACAUAAGAGAGGGAAAUGGGUUUGACAGACAGGAUGGUGUUUUCAUUUCUAGAAUUCAGAUGGGAACAGUCGCUGAAAGUAAUGGUCUUCUCCAUGUAGGAGAUGAGAUUUUAACUGUUAAUAAUGUGAAAGUGGGCAAAAUGUCUCUCGACGAUGUGGUUAUAUUAAUGUCAAUUCCUAAGAAGUUAGUGCUUACAAUCAGGACUCGAAGGAAUUGCAAUAAGAACAAAUCCUGUCCAUCUCUAGCACUUACAGAAAAGGAUGAGGAACUUCCCAUUGUUGUUCUUAAAAAGGGAAGGUCAUCUUCAGCGUCACAGUUAGAGAUGACAGAAAAGUGCCCAGAUGCCUUUGAAUCUUAUGCUCAGCAUCCAUUUUACUCAGCAGACUUUGCUACCAAAAGAGAACCCUUACCUGAGAAGCCUACCUCAUCUCGCUAUGCCAGUAUUUUUAUUUCUCCUCAAAGAGCUGAGGCCAGGUUGUUACCUGAUGAAUCAAUGGAUAGUGGUAAUUCAAGUGAUGGUUCCCUGCCUCGGAGUCAUGGGAGUGGUGACUCGGGAACCAGGGAUAGACUGUUUGUAGGGGGCGCUUCAGGAGGAGUUGUGGAAGGGGAGGGUAUGUUGGAAAGUCCAGGUUCAUAUCUCAGUCCAUCUUCAACAAUGCUGGGACAGCAUGGGUUUUCAGGAGAUAGGGAAUAUCUAAAGUAUCUCAUUCCAGAUGGAUUUGGAAGGAGACAACCACCAAAGUCGCCAUCCAAAACAGCACCUAUUUCUCCUCAUAUGCCCCCAGGGAGAUCUAGUUUGUCAGAUGACAGUACAGGAAUAUAUAGUAGUGAAUCCCCAUAUGCUCAGUCUUAUAGGGAUUAUGUGAAUGUGUCAUAUAGGGGCUUUCAUGAGGACAGAAGAUCUCAGGAGAGAUUGAGGGAUUUGUUACAUUCCAAAUCUAGAUAUGGAAGAUUGCUACGAAGCAGAUCUCCAGAAUGUUAUAACUCUGACUCUGAAAUUUUGUACACACACCCUCGUCCAGUAGACUCUCGAGGAUUUGCCUCGGAUUAUGAAACUUACGCAGGAGCAAUAAGUGAUGAUGAUGGACCUGUGUAUUCUAUCCCUCAUCUACCAGCAAGCAGCAGCUCGGAACUUCAGCAGCUCUUGAAGAAAUUUACAACACUUUCUCAAGAACUGCAGCAAGAGCAAAGCAAGCUACAAAGACAGUUAUCUCAAAGAGAUAAAAGAGGUUCAUCCGGGAUGGCUGGAGGAAGAUCUUCUGAUGGCAACGUCUCCGAUGACUACGGACAGAGAAGCAGCAGUGGACGAGCUUCGCCUCUCCCAGUUCGCAAGUCAGUUGCCGCCACCCAGACACCAGGCAACAUCCAUGCCAGACUUGCUCGCAAGACAAGUACAGAUUCUUCGGGACUUGUAUUCAGACCACCCUACCAACAAACCCCAGGGGACGAGUCCACAGAGUCAUCUCCAGAACAGAGGUUUGGUCCUCCAGCUCAGGGUGCUGGACGGGGCAGCAUGGUGGCAGGAGGCGUGGCAGGAGGCGUGGCAGGGGGCUUGCCCAUCUCUACCUCACAAAGCAGUGGCCUGGAAGGGGGCAUCAGGCCGGCAAGCAGGUUCAGGGACCUACAGUUCACUAAAAAGCCUCUGCAUAUACCCUACAGUGAGUUUGAACCUUAUAAGGCCGAUAUACGAAAACGUGUGGAAAUCAGUAGGACUUCAGGGUUGGAUGGUUUGUUAGGUAUUCAUGUCAUGUCAGGUCAGGGGCUCAAGUCUUCGAAGACAAGUCUACGUGACUUGUACUGUGUUGUGGCUGUGGACUCUAUAAACAAAGCAAGAACAAUGAUACGCACUGGUGCUAUUAAUUUUGAUUGGGAUGAAGCGUUUGAUGUGGAGUUGGAAGAUUCGAAGGAAGUGUCAUUUCUUAUAUACCACUGGGAUCCUAACUACAAACAUAGACUGUGUUUUCAUGGGUCUGUUCUCCUGCCCGGCUAUGUUCUCAGUGGGCAGAAGAAGUUUGUGGCAAUAAAGAUGGAGCCCAAGGGUAUUCUGUUUGUGGCAAUGUUGUACAAGGAACCUGCAGUGUCUCUACAGCGUCUGCCGUCUGUGAAGAAGAACGCUCUGUUCGGGGUGGACCUAGAGACAGUGAUUCAGAGGGAGAAGUCAAUACUGAAUGUGCCACUCCUUGUCCACAAGUGUAUUGAGGAGAUCGAGAGGCGGGGCCUGGAGACCAUAGGCAUCUACCGAUUGUGUGGGUCUGCCAGACGCAAGGUACUACUCAGGGAGGCCUUUGAGAAGAAUGCACAGGCUGUGGAUCUAUCUCCGGAGAAUGUGUCCGAUGUACAUGUCAUCACAGGUGUGCUAAAGGAUUACCUUAGAGAACUGCCAGAACCACUGUUCACCAACGCCCUCUACCAGAUGCUGUUGGACGCACUGAGCGUGCGUCUCCCCAGCGACCCUGAAGGAAGCGCCACACUCAUGCUCAGUAUUCUAGAGUGCCUUCCCAAAGCCAACCAGGACACAAUGACAGUGGUGUUGAACCACCUGAAGCGAGUAGCGUCCAACUCGGACAAGAACAAGAUGACCUUGGAGAACCUAGCCAUCUGCCUGGGCCCGGCACUUCUGUGUCCCUCUCCCGCCACUUCCACAGACGCAGCCCUCGACUUCAAGAAGCACAUCGAGGUCCUUCUCUACCUCUUGCAGAUCUGGGACAAUGGCAGCAACACAAGCACAUCCAAGUCAUCCACUGCUGACACUGUGGUUUCCGUGGAGACGGGUUCUGGUGGAGGCACCACAGCAGAGUCAUCUGAGGGUCAGCCACGGCAGGAGCGUAUCGCAAUGGAUGGAGACUAACAUCCAUCGGUUGCCACAGACACAGACUAGACGCUUCAACCGUUUGUUGCCUGUCAGACUAGUGGCUUUGACUAUUGUCUUGGACUCAGCUUGUAGAAUUAAGGACGCUAUAAGGCGAGGUCAUCCAAAGUUCCAAACCAACACUGCCAAUAUCACAUUAUGUUUCCAGCGUACGACUACGUGCGCUGCUCUGUGUUCUGGGUGAGUGUGUAUUGUGGGACCUUCAGCCCAUCCAUCACCUGUACAUGCCAUAGUGUUGAUGUUCGUAUGUGUGUUCAGAAACCAGUGGAGAUUGUUUAUAGCUAAGAUCAUCUGAUGAAGGGACAUCAGACCAUGAACCUCACUUUUGUAUUGAUUUUAGAACCAAACGCCUAUAUUGAUACACAAAGCUGAAUUUUCAAAGAAGAAUACUCUGUUGUUAUUUUAUACAACACAUUUUAGUGGACAAAGUGCAAUAUAUUGACAGCUUUUGCAGCAGUCUUCAGCAAAUGUUCGUCCGUCUCACCUGUUGACAAUUUGUUGACAUCUCCUGUAGUUGGAGCAGACAUCACUGCUACAAACUCGGAACACCACCACCCCAUCAGCACCUCCUCCUUCACCCCUGCUGGGAGCCUACUGUCAUGUGACCUGUCUGCAGAUCUACACCAAAUUUGAUGCCAAUCCCUCAGUUAGAUGAUAGAUCAAGAUGUUGGAGCAAGUUCAGUCAAGUCAUAACACCUUUAACUGUUUGAUGACUAGAUAGUGAGUGUUUGUCUGCCCCGUCGGGUUCUAGAUGUAUAGUUGGAGAUACUGGAUGAAUACGGGUCAUCGAAGCCUGGAGCAGGAAGUGUUGUGGAAUACGGACAUGCCUGUGUGGGAUGACUAGAACAUGUAGUUGGUUGGUCAUAGAACUAUCUCACAUCCAUAAAACCUCUUGUUGAUUAACUCUGGUGAAGUGAAUAAUAUUUUUGGUUCAUGAGUUUGUUACAAGAUAACUUACAAGGGUUUCCAUUGUCUAAGAAUAACACUGACUAACAAGGCCAGAUAUUGGCUUAUUUUGCAUCUAUUGAAGAAGACAGGAGUGUGUAAAAAUCAAUAUGGAUUUUUUAAAGUUUUAUCAUAUAAAUUUUUGUCUUAUGAAAUUUAGAAUAUUAUGAAUUCAAAAAUCAGAAAUUUGAAAUGUGUUAUUGAAAUUUCAUUAACUUUAUAACAGUGCUGUUGAAUAAUGAAAUGAAUCCUAUAAGAUCUGAUGUCGGUCUGUUGAUUAAAUGUAGAUGGUGUGGAACUUUUGAAAAAGGAAACAGUACCUUCCUUUCAUUCCAUAACAAACAAAAUUGGCAAAUAAUUUAAGCGAGUGAUACAGUAGUCUGAAGUUCAACCAACUGUAACACAUACAGUAUUCCACGUCAGUGUGUGUACUUCCGGUCAGGGCGAUGUUGCCACUCUGAGAGCAGCUACAUGAAUGGUGAAUUUAACCUUUAAUCUUGAUACAUGAGAAAAAUGGCACGCUAUCAGUGCAUGUAGUCACACAUCCGACAAUCGGUCAGCCUCGCUGACAAUAACACGGCAAUAAGCGGUUUCACUGUCACACGAAGGAUUUUAUAUAGAUAUACUCAUUUGUUUCCAAAUUAUAUAUUACCAAGCUGUCAUUAUUGCUUUUUGAUAGUUUCAUGCUUAAAAAAUUGUCAGAACUGUUAACUUCAGUGAUGAUUUUACAGAGCUUCAAAAUAUUUCUAAGGAUUUAAAACAAUUUAGUAAUUGUGUUUUUGAAACUAAUGGGAUUUGCUUACAUAAUUACAUAUGUAAUAACAGUUUGAACAGAGAGAGAAAACAAAUACCUCAGUUUCUUUGGAAGACAGCAGCUAUUCGGGUUCUUAUCAUCAUCGUCAUCAACCUGAACCAGCCUUGCAUCAUUUUUGUAAGGGAGAUAACUCUACACAUUUGAACAAGGGACUUUCAGCAAGGUCAUGCGUGAGAAAACAAAAUGGCUGUUUGUGUUGUCUACUUAUGUACCUGUUAAAUUCAUAAUGGGCAUAAUUUGUCAAGUAUGUUAUUUGGAAGGGAUCUACAUGGAGAAUCUCACACAAACUAGCCCCUUUGUCAAGAAAUAAAAACUUAAGACUUUGUACCGAAACUAUAUUAGUUUAUAUAUAGGGGUUUCCAUAAUGAUAUAAAUUAUUAGUAGAAUAAUGUGUAUCAUACAACUUAAAUUGCCUUUAUAACCAGGUACCUUGUCUGUUAUGAAGAAAGAGUUGUGUGCGACAGUUGGACUGAUUCUGUGAUGAACGUCUCGGGCGUUCCAGCGCACAUCUCUGUGUGGUCGACAUUCAGCGGUUGUGGCGUCCUACAUUGCACUUUUCUAUAUUCUUAUACAACAACUAGUGAGAGAAAUUGUUUUAGCAUCUGUAACAUAUGUACUCCUGUUAUUCAAUGCCAUUGUUGAAAUGUUGUAAUAUACUUUAAUGUUUGCUCCUGUUUCCAAUGCAGAUUUGAAGGUUGUGGCACGAGGCUAAGAAUCAGUAUUUAGCAACUCACUCUGUUGUACUUGGGAAGGAUUUAGAUGACUGUUGUCCGUCUCGCGUUCACGUUGUGUGACAUAUACUGUCACUUUCACCAAACUGGCUUCUAUUCUGUUGCUUUCUGCUCUUCGACUGACAACAUUGGUUUCAAAUGCUGAACCUACUUGACAAACAUGAAGUAGAUGGUGUGAAGAAUCUGUAAAGUUGUGGCCUCAGGUCCAAUAGCUCCAAAAUAGCUCUCAGUUCUCUUUCACAACAGGGACGGUAGGGUAGCCUAGUGGUUAAAGCGCUGGCUCAGCGCACCGAAGUCCCGGACCGAUUCUCCACAUGGGUACAAUGUGUGAAGCCAAUUUCCGGUGUCCCCAGCCGUGAUAUUGCUGGAAUAUUGCUAAAAGCGGCGUUUAACCAUACUCUUUUCACAACCAGAAAAUUUUGAAAUAAGUUUGAAUUUCAACACAUUUGAACUAGGGUAACUUUACACCAAAACAAUGAUGACCUGUUGUAUUGUGGUAUUAAGUAUCUAGGGAGGCGGAGUCCCACGUGUAGUCCACCCCUUACAAGGAUGCUGUAGACGCAAGGAUGGAUUCUCAUUCUGACUGUAUAGAUAGUUGCUGUACUAAAUGAGACAAUCAUGUUUUUGUUAGUUUUGUUUGUUUGUUGAAUCUGUAUCAUGUGUGUAAUAAUUGCUCUUGUUUAUGAUGAAGUGUGAUAUUUUCCUCGUGCAAUAUAAAAGUCUAUUGCCUUAGUUUAUCAGUAGGCCUUAAUGCAGGGUUAAGUGGGCAUAUUGUCACGGGGGCAGUUACCAUGGUAUUUUCUAUCUGCAGCAAGCUAGGUACAUCCAGUUCAGUGGUUCAGUGACUUGCCAGUAAUACUCUUUAGUGUUGGACAAACAUCCAUGUCCAUCUAAGGUAUCACCAGUGGGUGUGCAGAAUAAGUGGAUGCUGUGUUGCAGAACUUCUGCCAAGUCGGGAUCUAUUUAAGUGUACUUCCUUGUUUUACAGACUACCCUCAACUUUACAAGAUUAAUGAUAGACUACUAAUGUUGUGAUUGACUGAAAAUAUACUUUGGUAUGUUUUUUGAGAAAAACAUUUAAUGUAUGAUUUUAUAAAGAUAAUUAUACUAAAAUGCAACUUUUUGUUAACCUGUAAAUAAAAACUAAACUGGUUGGGUCUAAAGAGAAGGAAACAACUUUUUUCCAAACGUAAAUUAAGAUAUUUGUAGUUAGACCACUAUGUUUUCAAGAAUGGCUUAAGAUUAAAGAUUUUCAAAAAUAAAUAUAAACAUAGGUUCUGUUAAGUAAGCAAAUGAUUGUUGAUGUGAGGCACUGUGAGAUAGUGAAUGUUCAAGUCCACCCUAUCAGGAACAGAGAGCUAUACCAAAGCAACAACCUCCCCCCCCAACUGCUAAUUCUGUUUGUGAUAAGUAUUUCAAGUAUCAUGUACAAAUAUUCUGGUUUUGAAUGAGAGGUGAUGUCUUCAUCUUAUUUGUUAUAACUGCAGCUAGUUUGUUUUGUAUAUAAUUCAUCUUUACAGCAGAAAUGUUCCACCAUUGUCUUAGGUUCUAUGAUUUUGUGGACUAAGCCCCCAACUGGGAGGUGAUAUUGUCUCAUAAUCAUCCAGUUUAAUAUUUCCAUGUGCAAUAUUGUUUCAGUUGUUACUUUGUCCAUUAUUUUGUUAUGGUAUUUUGUACAUUGUUAUACAUUGUCUUGUUUGUUGUUACAUGUGCUCAACUCUCAGUGAACCAGUCCACCAUCCUCCAACCCUGAUGUACAGUGUCCGUGUCCUCGCUUCAACGUGACACCCACAGCUAUACACCAGGGACAGGAGGAUGUUCGUUCACAGCUACUCCUUGUCUCAUAGGAUGACAGAUCUUUAUUGUUGAUGUAGCUUUUAGAUUUAGGCUUAAGAUUGGUUUCAGUCAUCUGAAAAUAAUUUGAUUUUGUCUUAUAUUUACAUCAGUGUAGAAUAACAUGGUUAGUUGUGCAGAUACCAAUAAUAAUAAUAAUAAUAAUAAUAUAAAAUGAGUAUCUGUAAUGCGCUACUGACUUUCCGAAGUAUGCCUAACAGCAUUAUUACCAUGGUCAGUGGAUCAGGUUUGCACCCGAUUUUCUUUCUCAGCUCCCUGGGGAGUAUACAACCCAAGCUGCCUGUGAGGCUCUAGAAGGUUGAGUUCCCCAUGCUAGUGCAUGUAGAAGACCAUUGUGUCCCCAGCUGGGAUAUUCCUGGAAUAUGUCCAACAACGACAUGAAACCCAACCCAUGUAAUCAGUGUGGUCAGCUGUAAUAUGCUGUGAUAUUCCUGGAAUAUGUUCAACAACGACAUGAAACCCAGCCCAUGUAAUCAGUGUGGUCAGCUGUAAUAUGCUGUGACAUUAUUCGAAUAUGUACAAAUUCAAGGAAGACAAUUUAUGGAUGUCAACUUCUUUAUUAUGAGGAACACAACGUUUCAGAAUAUAUACUUACUCCUUCAUCAGGUGAUAAAGAAUAUACUCCAAAACGU